AUGGUAGUGAAAAAAGCCGUUGAAGUUUUACAGCCAAAAGCGGUACUUUGCAUUGGCUCUUGUAGGGGCUUGUAUCGCGAUAAAACCAAGCUAGGAGACGUAGUGGUUCCAUCCAAGCUGACCACGUACGCAUCACGAAGAGUGACAAGCACUGGAGUCGUGCCGUGCGGCUUUACAACGCCUUUAAGCUCAAUAAUGUCCCGCCUGAUCAGACAGGCUGGGUUUGGUUGGAAGCCGCCAUUGCAGAACCCGGAAGUUGGGCUUCACUUUCAAGUGGUGCUAUAGCUUGAGGACUCGCCUGGUCUUGUCCACCUUAGCUAAGUUGCUGCACUACUUGAGCAACCUAACAUGAGGUUGCGAUAGCGACAACUUAACCUACCCCUGCCACUCAAAAAGAUUAUUAAAUUUUUAAAAAAAUCUGAAAAAAUCGAUUCAUGUUGCUUUGUUGAUUUUCCAUCCGCUUUCCAUACAUUUACAAAUGUUAUAUUACUAGUAAAAUAACAAAUUAACGUGUUAACUUUGUGUUACUUUAUAAAAAUGAUAGGAAAAUUUCUUAUUGCCAGCACUCAUCGGAAAUAUUUGCUGAAAAAACAAAUUCAAAGGUGAAGGCGUCAUUUAUGUUUGCCAGGACAGCGCGUGACAUGUUACAUAAUGAACACAUUGAUUGAAGUUGUACACCGCAGUCCGUGCGGUGGCUGGGUAUAACUUUGUUGCAACGUAGGACCGGUUUCUAUUUUCGGUUAUAAGGCUUUGUUUGGUAUUUUAGUUGUGCAGUAGAUAUGGCGUUUUGGCAAAUACCUACCCCUUUUGCUUGAGGCCAUUUUCAUCACUACUUUAAAAAUCUUUGAAUAUUAUUGCAAGCUUCUAGAAAUAGUCUCUUGAUGUGUCUCUUGACAUGACAUUAACUUCCAUUUUUUUAGCUUACUUCCUUUUUUCACUGAUCUUUCUGCAGGAUUGGCAAAAGCUAGCCAGGAAGGCAAAUAUAUAUAUUUUUUGUACAAUCUGUUAUAUAUGUAGGUGAUCAUCCUUGAUUGACCAAUCCAUUUUUUCACUUUAGGGAUUUUUGCAGCAGCACAUGAUCUGAAAACAGAAUGGGUUGUCAUCAAAGGUAUCUCUGGUUAUGCAGACUGCGCGGCAUCACUCACUAAACAGUGGGUGUCAUUUGCAAGUGUCAUGGCAGCAUCUGUGAUGUAUAACAUUCUCAGUGAUACCUUUGUUUUCGAGCAAUGGCCUCACUAUCAGAAUCCCAUCAACUCCAGUCAAAGGACACGGAAUGAAGGUACGGUAUAUUUUAAGGCCGUGAAAUCACGAUGUGGAGUUGGCAGUGAGUGACUGAAACCCGAGACUAGUUUUGAAGUGGUGACUUAACAAAUUGGAACAGGGGCACCCAACGACAGUUUUCUGUAAAAUAUCUGUUCGGAAGAGCAGAUAUUACCUAUUAUUAUACAUUGUAGUCACCAUCUGUCUUCUCAUUGGCUAAAUGCCUACAGUUAAUUCUGGGAAACAGCGCAAUGUCAAGUGCACGGACAGCAAUGUCAAGUUCGCGGACAGCGAAGUAAGAAUUGCUUCUCGACUUGCUUCAUCGACCCAGCAAGAAAUUGAGAAAUUACUUGAAGAUAAAGUAUAAUAAAACAAUUAUUAGAUUCUGUUUUUGUGAUAUCCGGAAUAAUCAAGGUCUCGGUUAGUGUUAUCAGCCGAAGCCGACACUUACCUCGACCUUGAUUAUUCCGGAUAUCACAAAAACCUCAUCCAAUAAUUGUUUAGAAUUUUCUAUUACUGAGGAUGGCUAGAAAUUUCUAGAUGGCUGUUCCAUUCAUGCAAAAUUUCCAAAGCUUAUCUAAUAAAUUCCCUAUGAUUCUCUGAAGUUUAAAUUUUCACAUUUCGCUCUCUAGGUUAGGCUAUUUUUCGUAGAGAAAAGGAAAACUAAAUUUUUCGGAUUCAAAAAGAUGGUGGAGUGAGAAAUCAGAAAAAUUCUCACUUUCGUAAUACAUUAAUUUGCCUCAACAAUUUUCUGAAAAAUAAUAGUGAAGCCCUGUAAUUUCGAAAAGACUCAAGUUCCCCUAAGAUGACCAAACAGAUAGAAAUUUUAUAGCGCCGCUUAGAAUGCAUUUCUAGAAAUCUAAAAGAACUCUGGAUAGCCUAAAAAGUGUUUUAAAAGUAUUUGGGAGGAAACUGUUGUUGGGUACCCCUGUUGAAAAUGGACUUUUACGAAAGUGAAGUAUUAAAAAUCCUGCUCAUCGCAGGUUUAAGGGACUUGUGGGCUAGCACAAAAGCAAAUUAGAACAUUUUUCAGAGGGGGGAAGGGGGUGGAGAUUGGAGAACACGUCCCUAGGGUUGUUUAUGGUAUCACUAGAUUAAUCUGUAGAUUUUUCAUUAAACUAGUACAAUUUGAGUGCAGGGCAUUAUUAUCUGAAGCACAGCAGUAAUUAAUACCUGGACAUGUUUGGAGAGUAGAAGUGGCCACUGUGGAGUAAAUACUGUACUUACCUUAGGUAUUAAAUAUAGAUUAUUGUUAUUUCAUAUAUUACAGAAAGCUUCAGCCAUGCAUCAGUUCAGCUACAAAGUCAAAGACCUCAGGUUACCUCGACUCAGACUGGUCAACAUCAGAACUAUGGCCAGGGAUUUCCAGGUAUUAAUUCAUGAAUGUGGUAUUGGAUGUCUAUUAAAGAUUUCCAAGAACUUCAAGUGCAUAGUCUGUGAUCACAUGGUGGACUGAUCACAUUAUCAGUCAGGGUUCUCAUUACAUUAAGUUUUAAAGUCAAUUAAAGCUAUGAUAUAGAAAGCAGGCAGCUUGUCAAUUAAGUGCUGAAGGCACUGAAGCUGAUGCGUCAUCUGCCAAUAGUUUUGUUUUGAAAAUUACAAAGUAAUACGUGGGAAUUUAACAGCUUUUUUUAUCAUGUUGAAAACAAUGAGAAGCCUUGACUGUGCUUUGUUCUGUUGUAAGCAUUUGGGAAGGGGCUUAAGAGCACUCAGGAAGUAGGUCAGAUUGACACACUCAACUACAUCUCUUGUUGCCUCAGCCCUAUACACGUUUUUCAUGCUCUAGCUGCUUCCUGUAUGCUUUACAACAUACCGUAAAAUUCUGAAAAUAAGCCCCGGGGCUUAUAUUUUUCAAAGGCCCCUUUUUGAGGGGCUUAUUUUUGGAGGGGCUUAUAUUCAGAGGGGCUUAUCUAUGGAGGGAAAUUUGCGUCUCAAAAUCUAUUGGGCUAGCCUUAUGGUAUAGGAUAUUUACCAUUUUUGCUUUGUUUGACUUUGUAUUUGAGGGCAAUUUCCAAGUACAAGUCCCCGGGGGGCUUAUAUUUGGAGGGGUGAUUAAACGGAGGGUUUUUUGUGUUACGAGUUUGGGGGGCUUAUAUUUGGAGGGGCUUAUACAUGGAGGGGAUUAUUUUUGGAAGUUUACAUUAACAGAGCAGAAAGAGCACAAUGCGAUAAUAUCACUUGUAAAAAUUUUUUGAAAAGCUCAGUUGGUUAAGAAGUUAUAUAUUAAGCUUUGAUUUUUGAAUUUCUGGCCAUUUUGAUACUAUUUUUAGAAACACAAGCGCAUUUUACAAUGCUAUGUCUCCUAAAGUAAUAAAUUGAGCUUCUCAAAAAAUUUUCCACUGUUGUUUGUAUAAUGUUGUGCUUGUUAAAAAUUAUCUAUCUGUUAGCUGGUCACCUGUUGAAGUUUAAAUUUUGCUGUCAACCAUCUGAUGUAAUUUUCUGCCAAAAACCAUUAAAAUCUAAAAACAAAAAACAUACAAAUUAAUGUAUGGAGUUCAAAGUUCUACCAUCCUGGAAACUUUGCACUCAAAUGGAUAAAAACUGUAAUUUUUAAGUAGUUCCUUGGCUUCAAUUAAGUGACCUUAAGGUCGUGACAGGUGACCCGGCGUGAGUCGAGGUUUCUUUAUAUGUUAAUUUAUUUCCUGUCAGUAGCCUGAUUAUCUUUAGAUUGAUAUUUUUAUAUCCUAAUAUAAUGUUAACAUCUGAGUUUGAUAGAUUUUAUUAUUCUUUAAAUAAUUUUUAGGUCCUUUCAAUGGAGGAAAUCUUGGUAAUGCCGGUAAUUUACUGGGAAGCCUGCUUCAGACAUAUGUUGGAAGCUGUAACUCUGGCCAGGUAUGUACAAUUAUUAUAGCCUUCAAAAUCUGUUUGUUUUUCGUUGUAUUUAUAUUUUGUGUUUUGAAAAAAUGUCUUUGUUAACAGUUUAUUUUUUGCUAGUAUAGGGAAAAAAAGUUUCCUUGAAGAAUCCCCUUGCUAAGAAACUGACGUGCUAGUUUUUGAUUGUUCAGUAAAGACAAAAGAAAAAAAAUCUGUCACAUCUAGAGUUUUUUCAUUGGUACGGCUGCAAAGAAAAUUUGUCAAAAGAUUAGGAAAAUCACAACCUUGGAGACUCAGAGACAGUCAGAUGCUUGAAAAAUAUUGUUUGUGCCAUUUCUCUCAACCUGACUAACUACCCCUUGUCUCCAAAGAUGGUAAAAUCAGUGUUUCUAUACCAUUAAUUCUUGUACAUGACAUUAUGAUGGCUAGUGUACUUGCUUAAAGUAUCUUGGUUCAACUUCUAUUGAUAAUUAAGCAGCAAUACUUUUAUUUAAAAGCCUAUAGUUAACAAGUAAUAAAUCUGGUGAUUCUCCAUUUUUGCAUAGACCUGCUGCACCCUGUUUACCCCCAAAAUUUUGAACCGUUGUUUCUCCUGGGUAUUCCUGGGUAUUAAAGUUGUCCCAAGAGAAAUCAAAGACAGUGGUUAAGAAAGAUUUGGGGUAGGGGGAGGGUAGACAUUAGGUAAAUUGUGGUCUAUGUGAAAAUGGUGAAUUGAGGUGUGUUGUAGCUUUUUAGUAUGGAGUGUAUCACAGAGUUUUGUUGUCAGACCAAUACUUCUGAUCGGGGUCUUAUGAAUAACUUAGAAAUGAAUGUACUGCAUUUGCCUUGCAAAUAGUCAGGCUUUUGCAUGGCUCAGAUGACCACAGCGAUCCCAUCCCCAGGGCAGAUGACAUUAAAAUGGUGUCUUCGUACUUUCCUGCUAAAUACACUGACACUGAAAUAAAUUGCAUCUUUCCAUAUGAUCAGUAUGAUACUGAAAUUAAUUGAAGUUUUCAUAUUUAGAUGAACUACCAGGGACGAAUUUUCUGCUACAGUGCUUAUGGUAGGUUUCACUCCUUGAGGGAGCCAUUGGUGUUCGAUGCCAGUGCUUCGGAUAAAGAAAGUGGAAUCUCUGUUGAAGCAAAACAUUAUGAUAACGAUCAGAAGGCCAUUGGUCAUGCUGUAGAAAAGCUGAAAGGCAAACUACAAGAAAAAGGGAUUAUCUGAGGCCUGGACCUGACGUUCCAUUGAAAGCCGUGGAUUCUGAAGGAUUGAACUGCUGGUUCUUCAGGGGCGUGGCUAGGGGGGGGGGGUCCUGGGGUGCCCGUGACCCCCCCUUGGUAGGCCUACAAUAUUCAGGUGGCGAAAACGCCAUGACAAUAUCUUGGCCGUAAAAGCCAUUGUUGGAAAGCCCACUUUUUUAAAAUUUGUUUUUUUGUAAAGUAUUUUCGUCAACGGCUAUUGUCUUUAGUUAAUAUGGGCCUUCAUGCCGCGAUAAUACGACUGAGCCUCCCUCUGUGACCCCCUCUUUGAAAUAUCCUGGCUACGCCCAUGUUCUUAGACUACAACGAUGGCGCGACGACGGCACUAAAAACGUCACUGAAAACAUGGAUUUGCGUUUUUUCAAACUUAAUCGCGUUUUUUUAGCUUCGCUCAAUUUGCCGAAUGUAGGUUAAUUUUCCUGGAGUGACUUAAGAGAUUUACUAAAUUCGCCCCACAUUUGUUCUAAAAAUAAACUGGUCAGUGAAAACGCCGUUACAUGUGUUCAUGAAAGUUGCUCACCCCCGGUUAUGGGCUGCUGAAUUCAUCAGAUGAAUUUUAAUUCUGGGUGGAGUGGUGCACUUCACGAUAAAAUUUUAAAAAUUAAAAAUAACUUUAAAAUUAUGUACAAGGAUUUUAGCUGUUUUAAAAAGUGAAUAAAAGGGAAGUUACAUAUCUUCAUAAAAAUCACAAUUUGUUUAAGAUUAAGACAAAAUAAGAGAGUUGUCGAAGCUUAUACCAAAGUGUUAUAUUAAUCAGUUAGCAAAACUAAUGGCUAAAAUGCAAUCUAAGAAAGUUCUUAAAAAGGGAAAGCGACGUGGCUUCUUUUAUUAAUGUGGGCAAAUAAUUAAAAAGAACUGCACCUAAAAAUCUAAACUGUGUUUUUUUCCUAGCAUUAACUUAGGGUUCGGUAGACGAAUGUCGUUCCUUUUUCUUAUCUUGUAAGUGUGAAUAGUGCGAUUUCUCAUAAAAUAAUCCGAUAAAUAUGGAAGAACUAAUUCAUUUAGACAUUUACAAACUAAUUAAAAAUGCAUUUGUGGGCUUACCUUUGUGUUUCCAAAUCCACCCACCCUAACUGUUGGAAUGAUUCUUCGGUCGUUGCCCACACCAUAUAAUAGACGAGGAUGUAUGAUGAGAUAAUCGAUACUUCAUAGACGUGCAUCCCGAUACACUAGUGUUAGUAAUGGUAACAGGACUGAGUGGAGUCCAAUUCGGUCUGUAAUCAUACGAGUGAUUAACAAAAUCGGACGUCCGCGUAGCGGGAGUCCGAUUUGUUUAAUCACGAGUAUGAUUACAGACCGAAUUGGACGACACGAAGUUCUGUUACCAAUUAAUCAUAACUUUAACAAAGUUUGUGAUAUAUAGGGCUCUUUUUUUAUCAAAACACAAGAAAUUCCAAGAUUUUUUCGCUAGCUAUGAAAAAAAAAAGCCAUUUAAGCGCGCGCGUGAUGGCGCGUACUGUCCAAUUACUUAGGCAUGACGCGUACUGUCCUAUUAAACUGUCCUAUACGAAGUGAAAGUUCACCACGAUAUCGAACUCCUGAGCGGACCAGAACAGGUGGAAUCGAUUCAACGACGUGAUGAACUCGUUGGAUUGUACUCCAACGCUAUCGCUGUUGAAUUGGAUGGGGACGGUGAGUGAAAGAUUAUUAAAUUUUUAAAAAAAUCUGAAAAAAUCGAUUCAUGUUGCUUUGUUGAUUUUCCAUCCGCUUUCCAUACAUAAAUACAAAUGUUAUAUUACUAGUAAAAUAACAAAUUAACGUAUUAACUUUGUGUUACUUUAUAAAAAUGAUAGGAAAAUUUCUCAUUGCCAGCACUCAUCGGAAAUAUUUGCUGAAAAAACAAAUUCAAAGGUCAAGGCGUCAUUUAUGUUUGCCAGGACAGCGCGUGACAUGUUACAUAAGGAACACAUUGAUUGAAGUUGUACACCGCAGUUCGUGCGGUGGCUGGGUAUAACUUUGUUGCAACGUAGGAUCGGUUUCUAUUUUCGGUUAUAAGGCUUUGUUUGGUGUUUUAGUUGUGCAGUAGAUAUGGCGUUUUGGCAAAUACCUAUCCCUUUUGCUUGAGGCCAUUUUCAUCACUACUUUAAAAAUCUUUGAAUAUUAUUGCAAGCGUCUAGAAAUAGUCUCUUGUAUUGUUUCUUGAUAUGACAUUAACUUCCAUUUUUUUAGCUUACUUCCUUUUUUCACUGAUCUUUCUGCAGGAUUGGCAAAAGCUAGCCAUGAAGGCAAAUAUACAUAUUUUUUGUACAAUCUGUUAUAUAUGUAGGUGAUCAUCCUUUGAUUGAACAAUCCAUUUUUUCACUUUAGGGAUUUUUGCAGCAGCACAUGAUCUUAAAACAGAAUGGGUUGUCAUCAAAGGUAUCUCUGGUUAUGCAGACUGCGCGGCAUCACUCACUAAACAGUGGGUGUCAUUUGCAAGUGUCAUGGCGGCAUCUGUGAUGUAUAACAUUCUCAGUGAUACCUUUGUUUUCGAGCAAUGGCCUCACUAUCAGAAUCCCAUCAACUCCAGUCAAAGGACACUGAAUGAAGGUAUGGUAUAUUUUAAGGCCAUGAAAAACGAUGUGGAGUUGGCAGUGAGUGACUGAAACCCAAGACUAGUUUUGAAGUUGUGGCAUAACAAAUUGGAACAGGGGGACUGUUUGGAAGAGCUAAUAUUACCUAGAAUUUUCUAUUACUUGAGGAUGGCUAGAAAUUUCUAGAUGGCUGUUCCAUUCAUGCACAAUUUUCAAAGCUUAUCUGAUAAAUGCCCUACGAUUCUCUGAAGUUUAAUUUUUCAUAUUUCACUCCCUAGGUUAGGCUAUUUUUCGUAGAGAAAAGGAAAACUAAAUGUUUUGGAUUCAAAAAUAUGGUGGAGAGAGAAAUCAGAAAAACUCUCACUUUCGUAAUAAUUUGCCUCAACAAUUUUCUGGAAAAUAAUUCUGAAGCCCUGUAAUUUCGAAAAGACUUAAGUUCCCCUAAGAUAACCGAACAGAUACUCUGGAUAGCCUAAAAAGUGUUUUUAAAGUAUUUGGGAGGAAACUGUUGUUGGGUGCCCCUGUUGAAAAUGGACUUUUACGAAAGUGAAGUAUUAAAAAUCCUGCUCAUCGAAGGUUUAAGGGACUUGUGGGCUAGCACAAAAGCAAAUUAGAACAUUUUUCAGGGGGGGAAGGGGGUGGAGAAUGGAGAAGACUUCCCUAGGGUUGUUUAUGGUAUCACUAGAUUAAUCUGUAGGUUUUUCAUUAAACUAGUACAAUUUGAGUGCAGAGCAUUAUUAUCUGAAGCACAGCAGUAAUUGAUACCUGGACAUGUUUGGAGAGUAGAAGUGGCCACUGUGGAGUAAAUACUGUACUUACCUGGGGUAUUAAAUAUACAUUAUUGUUAUUUCAUAUAUUACAGAAAGUUUCAGCCAUGCAUCAGUUCAGCUACAGAGCGAAAGACCUCAGGUUACCUUGGCUCAGACUGGUCAACAUCAGAACUAUGGCCAGGGAUUUCCAGGUAUUAAUUCAUGAAUGUGGUAUUGGACGUCUAUUAAAGAUUUCCAAGAACUUCAAGUGCAUAGUCUGUGAUCACAUGGUGGACUGAUCACAUUAUCAGUCAGGGUUCUCAUUACAUUAGGUUUUAAAGUAGAUUAAAGCUAUGAUAUAGAGAGCAGCAGGCGCGGAUCUAGGAUAAAUACCAACCGAUUUCCUGAACGAGCGGCGAAAGCGCAAGCUUCCAGGGGAGUCCGGAGACAGGCUCCCCCAGGAAAUUUUUUGGAUUUUCAUUCCUUAAAGUCCCCUUUCCUGGAUCUCAUAGUCAUUCAGACAGGAUACUGGCCAGAUUCCAACCUUGGAAGUGUUUUUAUUAUCAAAACUAUAUUUAUUAUGAAAAAUGUGACCGAUUUCUGUAAAACGGUGGAAACCGGUGUGGAUCUGCGCCUGAGCAGGCAGCUUGUCAAUUGAGUGCUGAAAGCACUGAAGCUGAUGCGUCAUCUGCCAAUAGUUUUGUUUUGAAAAUUAGAAAGUAAUAUGUGGGAAUUUAACAGCUUUUUUAUCAUAUUGAGAACAAUGAGAAGCCUUGACUGUGCUUUGUUGUGUUGUAAGCAUUUGGGAAGGGGCUUCAGAGCACUCAGGAAGUAGGUCAGCAGGGUGUGCCAAAACCUAUGUCCGAUUGUCCGGGACAGGUAGAUAUACAGUUCAGACAAGUAAACCUUUGACACAACUUGUCCGUGGGACAAGCACAUUUUUUAUUAGAAAAAAUACAGAAACAGAUGAAAGUUGACUUCAAAUUACAGAAGAAUUAAAAUUUAUCUUAUAGUCAUAAAAGCAACCCUCAUGCUUGUCAAAAUAAGGUUAAAUAUUCCUUUAAAACUUCGCCAUUCCACAGCCGUUUCAAUCAUUUUGUUAUUUUACGAGCUCCAUUUGGCUUAGGAACCUGGCCUUAGUAACCAGGCCUGUUAACUUACCUGCAAAAAGGCUGAUUAUGUGGUAAUAAGAAGUAAAAUAUAUGUCCGAUUGUUUCUGAGUUUUGAGCAAAACGUUUUGGACAAGAACCCUUGGGUUUCGGACAACCAAAUUUAAUAUAGUGCUUGUCUGAAGGACAAGUGGAUAAGAAAAUUUUUGGUGCACCCUGCGGUCAGAGGGUCAGAUUGAUACACUCAACUACAUCUCCUGUUACCUCAGCCCUAUACACUUCUUCCAUGCUCUAGCUGCAUCCUGCAUGCUUUACAACAUAGCAGAGCAGAAAGAGCAUGAUGCGAUAAAGUCACUUGUGAAAAUUUUUUUAAAGAGCUCAAUUGGUUAAGAAGUUGUAUAUAUUAAGCUUUGAUUUUUGAAUUUCCGGCCAUUUUGUUACUAUUUUUAGAAACACAAGCACAUUUUAAAAUGCUAUAUCUCCUAAAGCAAUUGAACUUCUCCAAAAAAUUUUCACUGUUGUUUCUAUGACAUUGUGCUUGUUAAAAAUUAUCAUCUGUUAGCUGGUCACCUGUUGAAGUUUAAAUUUUGCUGUCAACCAUGUGAUGUAAUUUUCUGCCAAAAACCAUUAAAAUCUAAAAACAAAAAACAUACAAAUUAUUGUAUGGAGUACAAAGUUCUACCAUCCUGGAAACUUUGCACUCAAAUGGAUAAAAACUGUAAUUUUUAAGUAGUUUCUUGGCUUCAAUUAAGUGACCUAAAGGUUGUGACAGGUGACCCGGCGUGAGUCAAGGUUUCUUUAUUGAAUUUAUUUCCUGUCAGUAGCCUGAUUAUCUUUAUAUUAAUAUUUUUAUAUCUUAAUAUAAUGUUAACAUUUGAGUUUGAUAGAUUUUAUUAUUCUUUAAAUAACUUUUAGGCCCUUUCAAUGGAGGAAAUCUUGGUAACACAGGUAAUUUACUCGGAAGCCUGCUUCAGACAUAUGUUGGAAGCUGUAACUCUGGUCAGGUAUGUACAAUUAUGGCCUUCAAAAUCUGUUUGUUUUUUGUUGUAUUUAUAUUUUGUGUUUUGAAAAAAUUUCUUUGUUAACAGUUUAUUUUUUGCUAGUACAGGCAAAAAAAAGUUUCCUUGAAGAAUCCCCUUGCUAAGAAAAUGACAUGCUAGUUUUUGUUUGUUUUUAAAGACAAAAGAAUAAAAUCUGUCACAUCUAGAGUUUAUUCAUUUCAUUGGUAUGGCUGCAAAGAAAAUUUGUCAAAAGAUUAGGAAAAUCACAACCUUGGAGACUCAGAGACAGUCAGUUGGGUCAGGAUAAAUUGCUCCACAAAGGUUUCUACAUAAUGCUCGAAAAAUAUUGUUUGUGCCAUUUCUCUCAACCUGACUGACUACCCCUUGUCUCCAAAGAUGGUAAAAUCAGUGUUUCUAUACCAUUAAUUCUUGUACAUGACAUUAUGAUGGCUAGUGUACUUGCUUAAAGUAUCUUGGUUCAACUUCUAUUGAUAAUUCUGCAGCAAUACUUUUAUUUAAAAGCCUAUAGUUAACAAGCAAUAAAUCUGGUGAUUCUCCAUUUUUGCAUGGACCAUGCUGCACCCUGUUUACCCCCCAAAUUUUGAACCAUUGUUUCUCCUGGGUAUUCCUGGGUAUUAAAGUUGUCCCAAGAGAAAUCAAAGACAGUGGUUAAGAAAGAUUUGGGGUGGGGGUGGGGGGGGGGGGUAGACAUUAGGUAAAUUAUGGUCUAUGUGAAAAUAGGGAAUUGAGGGGCGGGAGAAAAAAAAAGCUUGGAAGGUGGUAGUUUUUUGGUUUGGGGUGUAUCAUAGAGUUUGGUUGUCGGACCAAUACUUAUGAUAUUUAGAUGAACUACGAGGGACGAAUUUUCUGCUACAAAGCUUAUGGCAGGUUUCACUCCUUGAGGGAGCCAUUGGUGUUUGAUGCCGGUGCUUCGGAUCAAGAAAGUGGAAUCACUGUUGAAGCAAAACAUCAUGAUAACGAUCAAAAGGCCAUUGGUCAUGCUGUAGAAAAGCUGAAAGGCAAACUACAAGAAAAAGGGAUUAUCUGA